AGCGACAUCCCUGUGUUUUCUUUCAUCAGUGUUUGCUUGCAACCACCAUUUGUGACACGUUGUCCCGAUAUUCCCGAAAUACUCCAAAGUAAAAGCCAAAACACCAAAAGGCCAACGAAUAAGCGCUUGCACUGCAGUUGUGAUCUUCAUAUUCAAGCGUCAGCUUUUGAUUUGUUUUUCUUCCAUCAGCUGCGCCUUAUUCCGACACUGGCGCAUUUUUGCCGGCCAGUACAAAAGCGUCCUUCCUGCUCUUCUAGCCACCCCUCCGACUCUUUUCUUGCAUGGCUGAAGAACCUGACUACGAGUCCCUGUCACCCAAUGCGGGUCUCGGUGUAAACAUGUUGGCCGGUGCUUUGGCUGGUAUCACGGAACAUGCGGUCAUGUUUCCUGUCGAUAGCAUAAAAACGCGAAUGCAAGUUUUUGCUACUUCGCCUGCAGCAGUGUACACAGGGAUUGGCAAUGCCUUCACCCGAAUAUCAUCCACGGAGGGUAUGCGUGCUCUAUGGAGGGGUGUAUCGUCGGUGAUACUGGGCGCAGGGCCAGCUCAUGCUGUUCACUUUGGGAUGUAUGAAGCCAUGAAAGAGUUGGCAGGUGGAAAUGAGGAAAGCAACCGCAACCAGUGGAUCGCGACAUCACUAGCUGGUGCAUCUGCGACCAUCGCAAGUGAUGCUUUGAUGAACCCAUUCGAUGUUAUCAAACAAAGGAUGCAGGUGCAUCAAUCAGAAUUUCGCUCAGUCUUCACCUGUGCGCGGGUAGUGCAUCAGACUGAAGGCCUAUCCGCUUUCUACGUGUCAUACCCCACGACGUUGAUGAUGUCGGUUCCAUUCACCGCUGUUCAAUUUACCGUUUACGAACAGAUAAAAAAACUAAUGAACCCUUCGGGGGAAUAUUCUCCUGUUACGCACAUGGUCGCUGGUGGUUUGUCAGGUGGUGUGGCUGCUGGAGUGACGACGCCACUGGAUGUUGCAAAGACACUGCUACAAACGCGGGGCUCGUCACAAGAUCCGGAAAUUCGCAAAGUUGGUGGGAUGGUGGAUGCUUUCCGGAUUAUAUGGCAAAGGGAUGGCAUGAAGGGAUUUUCGCGAGGAUUGUCACCGCGAGUGCUAACGUUCAUGCCAAGUAAUGCAUUGUGCUGGUUAUCGUAUGAAUUCUUCAAGGCUGCUAUACGCGAAUAACGUCGAUACAAACAUUGAUACUGCUAUAAUAGACUGCUGAUGUUGGGAUGAGGAUUGUGGAGGACUUGACGCGCUCUUUUUCUCGAAUCUGAACUCUUCCAUCAGCUUCCUCUCAUAUUAUGUGCUUUUCGUCAUCUUCCAACUACAUUACUGGGUACCCAUAUACUUUUUCACGGUGCAACGCAACAAUUUCAUGCUACACAGACUAGACGUGCCAUUGCAACUGGUGGAAUGAAUGGAAAAUUUUUGCGUAAUAGAAAUGCAUAGUCUAA